AAAAGCUUCACAGUCUACAACCUGCCGGCAUAUAGUCACUUUCCAUAUCCUAGCGUAGAAGUAUAGAUCUAUAUUGUACACAUCAAAUCUCUACCGGACACCUAUUCUAUUUUAAGUCCACGAUGCAGGCCAACACGGCUGCCAACGGGCCUCCGCUAAACACAGCGGAUGUGUACCCUCUAAUCGUAGCAUCUGCAACUCAAGACGCAAAUGUAGUACAACAGGCAUAUGGUAAGUUGAAGCAAGCUGAGAUACGUCCAGGUUUCUUCACGGCAUUGUUUGAGAUUAUGUGUCAAAGGGCAUAUAUCAAUAAUCAAGGGCAACUGCACGACCAUGCGAGACAGAUAGCGAUUAUAUAUUUCAAGAACGGAGUGGAUAGAUACUGGCGGAAAAGGGCCAGAAAUGGCAUCAGCGAACAAGAGAAACAGAUAUUAAGGUAUGAGUUAUGA